AUGCGCUUCAGGGCAUUUAGUGUUCCUCUGGCAGCCGUCUCCAUGGCAACCAACCAGUGGCAGGCAGGAUCAUUACUCCAGGUGAGGGAAGAAACCGGAGCCGCGGGUGCCAGUCUGCAGUGUGAGGUUUGCAAUGACUUUGGCAGGAAUUGCAGGGGCAGCAUGAAGACCUGCAGCUCUGGAGAAGAUUCCUGUGGCAUCCUUCUGCUUGAAACCCAAAUAGUGGGAUUUGAUAUACAGAAGGUAACCAAGUCCUGCAUGGCGUCCAGUGAGUGCAGAGCCAGCCCUGUUGUUACGAGGUUUGGGGAGGGAAUGGCAAUAAGGAAGAGCACCACCUGUUGUGUGGGGGAUGCCUGCAGUACAGCCUCCGUUACAAUGCCCCCAGCAAACACAAUCCUAAAUGGUCGGCAUUGCCCUGCCUGCUCUUCUGUGUUUAACUUGCCAUGCAGCGAAGCGACCUUAGAUUGCACUGGAUCUGAGACCCAUUGCAUCGCAGUGACUGGAAGCAUAACAAUGGGGGCAGGUUCAUAUCCUAUACAGACCACCAUGAAGGGUUGCGCCACUGAAUCCGCCUGCAACCUUUUAAAAGGAGAUUCAGGGCCCUUCGGAGACAACAUGAAGAUAACCACAGCCACAUGCAGCCCAGCCCCUGGCAAGUCUGAACCGACUAAGGGACCAGCCCCGGGUGCAAGUGGCACAGCUAAGCAGCCAGCCCCUAGUGUAACCAGUCCGAUUAAGGGACCAGCCCCCAGUGCAAGUGGCACAGCUAAGGGACCAGCCCCUUUUGCGGCUGGCACAACUCCAGGACCAUCUGGGCUUCUCCUCCUCCCAGUCCUCACAGGGUUAUUCCUGGUGAAGCUCCUCUCCUGA